GAAGCCGCCUGCUGGGGCUGUGUGUGUGAGCGCUGAGAGUCUGCUGCAGGCACAGCCGGAUUCCGCACAGGCUGGGGCUGCCGCGGGGGGCUGCGAGCGGGAGCCAGCCUGGAACUCCGAGAGCGGAAACAGCUGAGCGCGCAGGCAAUACACUGUAGCCAGCCGGGGAAGGCGAGCGGACCCGAGGGGGAAGAAUACGGAGCAGGGGGUUGGGGGCACUGGUCAGUUUCAGCCCCGUUACAGGCUGCGGGGAAGUUCACCAGCGGAGCCGCAGAUCUUUCUCCCCCAUCCCCUCCCCUCCCCGCACUUCUCUUCCCGCAAUUUUAAAAAGCUCUCCGAAGUGGUGACGAACUCCGGAUUCUCGCUGCAGUUCGGGUCUCGCUCCUCCUCUGCCCGGGUACCAGUGCCGAUGCCUGCAAAGCUGUGACACCAGGAGGCGGAGGAGGAGAACGCUGACUUCGGAACUGGUUUUUCUUUCAGGGAAGGUUGGCUGGAUGGACAGAGAAUUGGAUAAAUCCUUUUUAAUCGCACGUCCCUGCUGCCCCCCCGCCCCCUCCAGCAGACACCGCUCCUGCUGCACCAAGAUUACAGCUGGUCUGAUGCUCUAGCGUCUGCAAAGGAGAAAUCUGAAAACGUACUCGAGCACCUUGGCCCAGAAGCCCACAAGUUCUGGUGAAGCAGACUGGGGAGUCCGCAGAAAACGGAGUCAGUGAGAGACAUGUGAAGGAGUGUGAGUUGGCCCUGAGCUUGUGGGUGUGCUGGCCACAAAGCUGGGCUGAUUUACUGACGUUUGUUUUUGAGUGGGGUGAUACCUUGUCUUCACCCAGGUAUGAUGUCGGUUGAAGGAUCUACGAUAACAAGCAGGAUAAAAAACCUACUUCGCUCCCCAUCCAUUAAACUGAGGAGGAGCAAGCCUAGAGGCAAGCGAGAGGACAUCAGCAGUAAGGUGACCUUGGAGAAAGUGUUAGGAAUAACUGUGUCGGGAGGCAGAGGAUUAGCCUGCGACCCCAGGACCGGCCUUGUCGCAUAUCCAGCAGGGUGUGUUGUCGUGCUCUUCAACCCUAGGAAAAAUAAGCAGCACCAUAUUCUAAACAGCUCCAGGAAGACAAUUACAGCUCUUGCUUUCUCCCCUGAUGGAAAGUACCUGGUUACUGGAGAGAGUGGGCACAUGCCAGCCGUUCGAGUGUGGGACGUGGCUGAACGGACCCAGGUGGCUGAGAUCCAAGAACACAAGUAUGGCGUGGCCUGUGUGGCAUUCUCCCCCAGCUCCAAGUACAUUGUCUCAGUGGGGUACCAGCACGACAUGAUUGUCAACGUGUGGUCAUGGAAGAAAAACAUUGUGGUGGCGGCCAACAAGGUGUCCAGCAAAGUGACAGCAGUGUCAUUUUCAGAGGACUGCAGUUACUUCGUCACAGCUGGCAACCGACACAUCAAGUUCUGGUACCUGGAUGACAGCAAAACCUCCAAGGUAAAUGCCACAGUCCCCUUGCUAGGGCGCUCCGGUUUGCUGGGGGAGCUGAGGAACAACUUCUUCACGGAUGUGGCCUGCGGAAGGGGUAAAAAAGCAGACAGCACUUUCUGCAUCACCUCCUCCGGCCUCCUCUGUGAAUUCAAUGAAAAGAGGCUGCUCGACAAGUGGGUGGAGCUGAGGACUACUGUGGCGAACUGCAUCUCUGUGAACCAUGACUACAUCUUCUGUGGCUGCGCUGAUGGCACGGUGCGGAUUUUUAACCCUUUGAACCUUCACUUCGUCACUACGUUGCCAAAGCCGCACUUCUUGGGAAUGGACGUUGCCAGCGUCACUGAAGCCAGCCGUCUCUUCUCUGGCAUGGUGGAUGCCAAGUAUCCAGAUACAAUUGCCUUGACCUUUGACCCUACCAACCAGUGGCUAUCAUGCGUUUACAAUGACCACAGCCUGUAUGUGUGGGAUGUCAAGGACCCGAAGAAAGUGGGCAAGGUUUACUCUGCCUUGUACCACUCUUCCUGCGUGUGGAGUGUUGAGGUGUAUCCUGAAGUGAAGGACAGCAAUCAGUCUUGCCUGCCCCCAAGUUCAUUCAUCACCUGCUCUUCUGAUAAUACCAUCCGUCUGUGGAAUACAGAGAGUUCCAACAUCCAUGGCACAGCUCUGCACCGGAACAUCCUCAGCAAUGACCUGAUGAAAAUCAUCUAUGUGGAUGACAACACUCAGGCCCUGCUGGACACUGAUUACAACUCUGGCGGGAGCGCAGACAAGGCUGACAUCCAGGCCUUGGACACGAAGGUGGGGAUUCGUACAGUGUGUGUGAGCCCCAGUGGAGAGCACCUGGCCUCGGGUGACAGGAUAGGCACUCUCAGGAUCCAUGAGUUGCAGUCCCUAAGGGAAAUGCUGAAGGUGGAAGCCCAUGACUCGGAGAUCCUCUGCCUGGAGUACUCCAAAUCUGACACAGGGUUGAAGCUCCUGGCAUCAGCCAGUCGGGACAGACUGAUCCACAUCUUGGAUGCUGGGAAGGAGUACAGCCUGCAGCAGACACUAGAUGAGCAUUCAUCUUCCAUCACAGCUGUGAAGUUUGCAGCCAACGAUGGGAAGGUGCGAAUGAUCAGCUGUGGAGCGGAUAAGAGUGUCUAUUUCCGCACUGCACAGAAGACGGGCGACGGGGUCCGAUUUACCCGGACACACCACGUUGUUAGGAAGACUACUUUGUAUGACAUGGAUGUUGACCCCAGCUGGAAAUAUGCUGCUAUUGGCUGUCAAGACCGUAACAUCAGGAUUUUCAACAUAAGCAGUGGGAAGCAGAAGAAGCUGUACAAGGGAUCCCAAGGUGAAGAUGGCACCCUCAUUAAAGUGCAGACUGAUCCCUCGGGUCUCUACAUUGCAACUAGCUGCUCUGACAAGAACCUCUCCAUCUUUGAUUUCUACUCCGGCGAGUGUGUGGCCACAAUGUAUGGGCACUCAGAGAUUGUAACUGGGAUGAAGUUCAGUAACGACUGCAAACACCUGAUCUCUGUCUCUGGUGACAGCUGUAUCUUCAUUUGGCGCCUGAGUUCUGAGAUGACCAUCAGCAUGCGACAACGGCUAGCUGACAUGAAGCAAAGAGGGAAGCAGGUGGAGAAAUCACCACCACACAAGACAGCUGGACUUAUCAGGCACGAAUCCACCUCUGUUCUAUCGCCAGUGCCAGUGCUUUCAUCAGAUAGUGACAAAGAUGGUGAAGAUGAAGGAAAUGAUGAAGACGAGUUAAAUGGGCUACAGUCUUUCCAAAUUCAAUCCCGCUGCAACCCUGAGAGAGACUCAGAUCCAGGCCUUUCCCUCUCAAGAAGCCUCUCCCAUUGGGAAAUGAGGAGGGCAAAAGAGAUUGCAGAGAUCCAGCGUUCAGAGACUGCAAUGAAUAAGAUUCCCCGGCAGCGGGGCCGUUGGUCCCAGCCAACCAGUAACAUAGAGAUGACGGUUAAAUCCAUGCUGGACUUGCGCCAGCUGGAGUCUUUCUCAGUCUCUCGAUCCCCCAGUCGAGACUCGCUGUCCCAGACCAGCAAUGGAGAUGACAGAGAAGAGCAUGCUGAUCUCUCUCUGCACGUCAACAAGGUUGGAGACUCCAUAGCUCCUCAGGACAGCCGGCCUUGCGUCCGACCUCAAAUGAUUCGGCUUGUGUCAUGUGAAGAGGGGGUUUUCACUCAGGAACUGGAGCCCUUUGAGAGUGAGGAAUGUGUAAUCUACCCUGAACAAGAUGAGAUCCACCCCACCAACAGUAGCAGUGAGUUCCAGGUAAAAGCACUGCCCCAUGGGAAGCUAGUUAGAGGUUACCACAGCAACGGAUGCCCUGAUAAGCACAGUCCUGACAGUGCUUGCUCUGUAGAUUACAGUAGCAGUCGCCUCUCCAGCCCAGACCAUCCAAACGAAGAUUCUGAGAGCACAGAGCCUCUCAGUGUGGAUGGCGUCUCAGACCUGGAGGAACAAGUGGAUGGAGAGGACGAGGAGGAUGCGGGCACUAGCAUGCUGGAGGGAGAGGUCCCCAAGACUCCAGAUCAGGAGAAGUUCCUCAAGCAGCAUUUUGAGACUCUGGUCAAUGGUGGUGAAAAAGGUGGAUCAUGUAGGACCCUAGAGAGAACUGAAAAUAUCAGCAUUUCUUCUCGCUUUCUCUCCCAGUCCCCAGCUCUCAGGCAUUUGUCACGCUCCUCAUCAAAUCUGAUACUGGAUCAAAAGCCCAAUGAGGCUUCAGCCCAGUCAAAGCAGGUUUCUGUUGACCUGCUGAAAAAUGGGAACAGCCAUCAUAAUGCUGCCUUGGAGAAUGACAGCCUUCUGGAUGGUGUAAAUUCCUACCGGUCCAUUUACACCCAAAGAAAACGGAAGUCAGCAGUGGAGACCAAUAGACUUGCUGUGGGACCUGGAAGAGUUAUUGCACCCUUUCCAGAGGGUACUGGGAAUGCGGGGAUGAGGAAGUCCCAGUCAGUUCAUGACCUCCUUCAUGACAAUAAGAAUCCAGGAGUGAUAUCCUCUACCAAGCAGCGUCCUCAGACACUAGUGGUGGUUGAGAAGGAUCCAAAACCUAAUCAUUGCAGGCCAUUGUCUGCAAGCCUGCUGAAGAUGGAUGGGUCCAGCUCCCUGCUGGUCAAAGACAGUAAGAUUGUAAAAUCAAAGUCCUACAUGAAUCCCACAACCAGCUUCAUGGCCAAGAUGUCACGCAGCAUCUCUGUAGGGGAAAAUCUAUGCCUUGGUGACUCUGUCGAAACACUGACUGAGGAGAGGACCAGCCUACAGGGGCCUGAGAAGACACAGAUAACUCCCCCAGCAGAGACUGAGAAGAACAAGCCACCUACAAAAGAGAAUGUCCCAGGAAAGCCAGCCCUUCAGCAAGUUGUAAACUGCUCAUCACCUAAGUCCUUCCACAGCAAGUUGGCAUCAUCAAACCGAGCACACUUGAUCCUUGACAUCCCCAAACCCUUGCCUGACAGACCCACCUUAGCUUCUUUCUCUCCCACUGCCAAAUCCAAAACUUCACUUGAACUGGAGUCUCCUCAGUCACCUGCUGGGGUCUGUAAAAAGAAAUCUCUUCUUGAGGGAUGGGCCUUUAAGAGGGAGAGCCCAACUGCUGUGUCUGUUGCUAAAGAGAGCCCAGUGGAGAAUCCAGCACUGAGGAUAGAUCGUCAGGAUGAUCCAGGGGUCACUAAUCCAAAACUGAAAGAGUUUUCAGAAGGCUUUCACCCAAGGUCUCCUGAAAGCACAGUGCCCAGAUGCAGAGAGAGGUUCUCCAGCAUUGGCUGUGUGCUAGACAAACCACUUGGACUUUGCCCACUAGACCCCAUCAGGCCAAGGUCUCCCACAACAGUGUCUGCCUCGGCACAGAACUCAGGUGUGCACGGAUACCCAUCUCUAAUCUUCUCCCUUCUGUCUCCUGUCUUUGUGAACCGCUUCACGAUUCCAUCACAUUUCUUUACGUCCAGCUUCUGGCCUGUCUCGUCUUGUCUGCACCUGUCUCGUUCCAUAAGUCACCCCCUCAAUGAACGUCACAUCAGUAUUGAGCAGUGUGAACAUGUUGUAUCUGAGCUCCAGGACAGCAUGCGCAAGGCCAUUCACCUUUACCACAUGGUAUCAAUGGACAUGGAGUCUUCCACUGACAAAGAUAAGAUUGCUGGCCUCCUAACGGACACGUUCUCCGUGAUGAAGAAAGAACUGGACUCCCUGAAGGAAGGAGAAGAGCUCCAAAGGGCCAAGAAGGUGCUGGUGAAGCCACAAGAUGCCAUUAGGUCGCUGAAUGAGGGAAGUGAUGCCACCCUGUCCAGUCCUAGACGUUUUGGGGAUGAGCAGACUCUGGCUUUGCUGGAACAGUACUCGGAGCUGUUACUACAAGCUGUAGAACGGCGCAUGGACAAAAAACUGUGAAGGGGCGGUGGUCG